ACCAUGAUCAUCAUCAUCGGGGGCAUCAUCGUGGCCUCGGUCCUCGUCUUCAUCAUCAUCCUUAUGAUCAGAUACAAGGUGUACAGCAGCGGCCUGGGCGACAGCAAGGCUGUGGGCACCAACGUGUACUCACAGACCAACGGCAACGGCAGCCACAAUGGGGCCCUGGACAGGUCCUGCUCCAAGCCGGAGGGGGGACCGAGUCAGGAGACCUGGGCUGAGAUCACCAGAGAGGCCUUGACUGUAGUUCUGAGCACGGACAGCGACAAGGCCUCGUUCCCCUCCAGCCCCUCCUUCCCCCCGGAGACCAUGACCCCCCACAAACGCAGGAGAACGAGAGUGAGUGGCGAUCAGCAGGACGUCCCCCCGGCCUCGCUGAGAGAGGAGCGGGCAGAGGCUAGAGAGAUCCCCAAGUCGUUUGGAACAACAGCAUCAGCGCUGGAUAAACAGGCAUACGAUCAGGACUGUUGACAAAUGAGCCCUUUGCACCUUUUCACCACAGAUCCCCCCACCCCCCCCCCCUCAACACCUCCCCC